GAUCACUGUACUGUGUAGUGCAACGUUCAAGGGAAAGUUUGUCUCUUGUCGGCUUCUGUAUCUCCAGGAAGUUGCUGCAGAAUGGAUGGAAGUUAAUUCUCUACAUUGAUUUUGUAACAUUACAGUUUUCAAGAUUAUUUCAAGAUGCGUAGAAGAACAGAAGCUCAAACACCAAGCAAUGAAUUUGGCAAAGCUGAUAAAAAGGAUCUGGAUCAGAGACCUCAGAGCCAAGCGGAAACUAAAGGCUGGGUGUCUUACAGCUCUUUCUUCAUAAACAUUGGAAAGUGUUUACUCUUAAUCAUCAUCAUCCCUCCAUUCCUCAACUAUGCAUCGCUGCAAAGAGAAGGACAGAUGCUCUUGCCCAAAGAUGGCCAGAUUGUUGAUGUUGGUUUGGGUCAAAAGAUGCAUCUUUUAUGUAAAGGACAAGGAAUACCAGUGGUCAUACUGGAUGGACCAACUGGAAUGUCCUCAGACAUUUGGGUUCAUGUCCAAGAAAGUGUGGCCACACUAACAAAGGUCUGUACCUAUGACAGAAUGGGACUGGGUUUCAGCAAGCGGCUGAUGGAGAAUGAAACCACAGGAACUGAGAAAGUCUGGGGGAUGUCAACAACUGGGCGGAUGGUGGAUGAUCUGCACCGACUCCUACAGGCUGCUGGGAUAGCCAAGCCCUUCAUCCUUGUGGGGUCUGAGCUUGGUGCGCUUAAUGCCAGGUUUUACAGCCACAUUCAUGAUGUGCAAGUGUCAGACCUGGUGCUGAUUGAUCCCAUCCCAGAAGACAUUUUUGAGGAGGAACAGUGGAACGAGCACUGGCACGGUAAGCUGUUGCCAUCACUCCAGGCCAAUCAGUUUUCAGCAGCUACGGGGCUGAGCCGCAUGCUGAUUAUCCUGGGGGUGAUCGAACCGAUUAUUAAAGGUGAAAAUGUCUCAGAGGAGGUCAUCCAGCGUCAGAAAUACCUACUAAGUAACCCUGCCCAUCAAAGCAGUGCUGUGGAUGAACAUUACUUUGUAAACGAAAGUGCAGCUCAAGUAAGGGACAUCACAAAGUUUAAACCCCUCUCCAGCAGGACACCAGUGAGUGUGAUCACUGGAGAUUUCUUUGAUGAGCAAAUACCAGAACCUCUAAACCAGAUGGUAGCUAAGCUUCAAAAGAAGUUUCUGGAUGAGUCCUACCCAUCAGCCAAUCACAUUCACAUAAAAGGAGCAGACUGGCGAAUGAUCUACAAGAAGCCAUCUGCCAUCAGCCAGCACCUGAGGAGGCUAGUCAACCAGAGACAAGUCAAACAGCAGAGCGAGUGACCUGUGGUCAAAAUUUAACUAUACCCCAGAUAUGUACAGUGUAAUCUGAAUACUGUACGUUUUAAAUCUUCAUGUUAUGUUUUUAACUUUCCCCUGCAGCCAUCUGUAAAGAUUGUCUACAUGUCUGAUAAAGUCAGUUUUAGAACAUAUUUUUGAACAGCUCUGCUUUACUGAAAACGUUUUAAUUGAAGAUAGCUACAGGGUUUUCAGUGUGACGAUUCAGAAAUUCUUCUCUUUCAAGUUGUUAUUUUAGUCUCUUUACCUGAUUGGUCAGUGAGUAGUGAAAAAAUCGACGCAUUACUCCUUAUCAUUUGAAAGGCCUCAACACAUAUCACUGCUCAACUUGAUACAUUUUUAAAGAUCUCAGUUCUUGAUAAUCUUAAUAUUCUGCCAUGUUAUAACUACAAGUGAAGGUACCUGGUGUUCCUCUGUGCUGCAUCAGCUUCACUCAUUUGUUACUCGCAUAUAAUUGAGUUGCAUCACAACCAGACAUACAGUAGAGUUCUGUUGUUGGACUUCUUUUCAUCUGAUACAUUUUUAAAAAUUGCAAACAGAUGAGUCACCGAAUUUAGCAUUUUUGUAAACAACUCUUUGGUGUGUCUGUAUUUAACUGUGGCAAACAUGGACUGUUUAUUUAUGGAUAUACUGUAAUGUGAAAGAAAGACCAGCCAGCAUUGGUUUAUCCUGAGGAUUUAAGUUUAAUUAUGACACCACAUUAAAAUAAAAAUUUCCAACAGAUCUGGAAGUUAAUUCCAUCCAUAUACAUGCAUAGCAACAACGUUUUAAGAAACAUUUUCUCCCUUAAUCAGGACAUUGGAAUGAUCAUUUUACAUCAGUAUCCCCACUGAUCUCCCACCCAUCUUGUUCAUCAGCAAUAAACUUAAUUCUUGUACAUCUUUUUUCCCUAUGGGGUUACAAAUAAUUAUAUGCACAGCCCCCAUUUCAUAAUACUGCUUUCAGUAAUUUCCCCUCAUUUACAAAGUAUUGCAUGGAGAGCAAAGUUCAAAAAGGGAGACCAAAGUGUAUCAUCAAACAGAAAUACGAGUACUAUACAAGAAUGCUGCCAUCCUCAUGAAAACAUCCACAUCUGAGUUGAAGAAAAGAGACAAGGACAAACAGCCACAUAUGUAUGCAAAGCAUGUGCAUAUACCAAAAUGUGAGAUGCAGGGUUGUGCCUGGUUAUCACCCCGAGAUGAUGAUGUUUAAGGCUAACAAGUCAUUAGUAGUGAUCUGCAAGUGACAUUUUGGGCAUAUACAGAAACUGGUACAGCAAAUAAGAAUACACAAGUGCCUCAGUAGCUAUUUUUGUGUCUAAAAUGCAUCUCAUUUUUGUAUUGUCUAUUGUUUCAGUGAGCCUACAUUACAGUGUAAACAAUAUGUGUGCUACACAAGAAUGACUAUACAAUAAC